AUGUCGCCAUCUCCGCAACGGCGAAUGGUGGAGCCGGCGCAGGCAAUUAUCCCACGAGUUAAAUGCCGCAGCCUAGAUAUCCGUGAGCCUUCUGCCAUCCACCAGCUCCGCAUGUCACUCUCCUACCUGAUUCGGCAGCCUUUUCCUCUUCGUUGUCUUAGUUCUUGUUCUUCUCCUCCUCCUUCCUUCCAUCUGUGGACUCUUGUUGCCUCCGAUCCUAUGGCGCCCGAGCUCACUAGUGUUUUGGUUUCGCUGCUGCCUUUUCUUUUCCUCGUGUGGAGGACGGGAGCUGGAGGACUGGAUGUGGACCAUCUUCUCUUUGGAGAAGUGUUUGAGGUUUCCUCCCCGGGCUCGACGCCGCCGCUGCGCGUGGGGGAGGCGAACUGGAGCUGGAGUUCGUCGCCGAUGGGUGGGGAUGAGGAGUGGAAGGAUGAUAUACUGCAGCUGGCGAGAAGGCCGGAGGUGGUGGAGUGGUUGAAGGGGUUGCGGCGAAGGAUUCACGAGCACCCGGAGCUGGCUUACGAGGAGGUGGAGACGGGGAGAUUGAUUAAGAAGGAGCUUGAUGCCAUGGGAGUGGACUAUCGUUUCCCCUUUGCGAUGACGGGGAUAGUGGCUACCAUUGGAAGCGGCGAGCUUCCGAUAUCCAGUGCCCAGAAGCGACAGAAGAGUUCGCAGACCCUGCUGCAGAUCAGACGAGGGCAAAACAAAUUCCAGAAAGAGAAGCUGGAACUGCAGGAUCUGGAACCCGCUGUAGCACAUGCCACUCUAGCUCACAUACUGAAGGAGGGACCAUUCAACUAUGCUCUGGGUCUUCAGCAACCUAAUACCCUAGCCAAAUUGUUGGAGCUGACCAACAAUUAUAUUUCGAAUGAAGAGUACAGCUCCACCUAUGCGUCAGCCAGGACAAAAGUAGCCACUGUUCGUCUGAAGAGGAGGGCCCUUAGAGACAACAGAUGGAGACCGAGGGAAGAAUUAGAUCCUUCCACUCGGUCGAUGUAUGAAGGAAACUGUCCGCUUCAAGAAAAUAGGGGGGGCGAUAGCUAUAACAACAGAGGAAGUCAGUCGAGGUACCCUAACCAACGAUCAGCUUCUUACCAUGAGUGA